AUGUGCUCAGGAGAGAGGCAGACCUGGGCAUGGGAUCAUCCUGAGAAUGGUUCCACGAAGGGAAGACAGAAAAGAAAGACAAACAGGUGCUGUCACUUGACCUUUUUGAUUCCAGGAGGAGCCCCUCUGCCCCUGCAGUGCAACCCAACAUCCAGCCAGAGGGGCUCUCCUUCCAAGAAGCCAGCUACAACCAUCUACCUGCCUCCCAUCCUGGCUACUCACUCCCACCUCCGGCCUGCCAGCAUGUGUCAAGCCAAUGGGGCAUACAGCCGUGAGCAAUUCAAGCCUCAGGCCACCAGAGAUCUGGAGAAGGAGAAACGAAGACUCCAAAAUAUCUUUGCCACUGGGAAGGACGUAGAGGAACGGAAAACGGCUCCCCGCAUGCAGCAAGAGGACCCAGCUCCUGAGGUGGACCGGUUUGAAGAAUUGGUGAAGGAAAUCCAGGACAGGAAAGAAUUCUUGGCUGCCAUGGAGGCUCUGGGACAGGGCAAGCAAUACCGAGGAAUCAUCCUGGCUGAAAUCUCCCAGAAAAUAAGGGAAAUGGAGGACAUUGACCGCAGCAGAAGCGAGAAGCUUAGAAAGGCUCUCGCCACCACCUAAUCCUAGACAAAGGCGGGCCAGCCCAGUGCGACCACCAGAGCCUUCGCUUCGCCAAGCAGUGUCAUCCCCAGGUCUGCCCACCUCAGAGACCACACCAGAUCAUGAUGUGGCACUGCCCAGGGAUGCAGAGGCCUCAGUGACGCCUCUGAGUCACUGUCACAGCCACAGUGUUGGCACCUUCUUCAGGGGAAAGAGCCCAGACACACCAUGUUGACACCCCAGCUCAGCACCGUGGACAUCUGCCUAAGGGCACCCUCUCUCUGGCUCUUCCCACGCCACAGCUGUCCUCCAGGUGCUCUGUGAACGAUUUUGUCCUUCCUGUAUCUUAGGAUCUAUUUCUUUGCCUUCUUGUAGCCUUGGGCAAAUGUUUGACCACAAUG